CAGCAACAACCACCACCACCACCUCACCAGGCAGUCGCAGCAAGCACGGCCCUGCUCUGAGAAGCACAAGACACAACAGGGCAAAGGCCCUCUCCAUGGCAGAUCACUAUAAUGUUGGCCAGCGAUGUUGGUUCCAGCACGACGACCAGGCGUAUGUCUCUGGCGAACUGACCAAGCGCACACAAGAUGGACCCAAUAUCACCUUGCUUUUCACGGAUGAAGAGGGCCGGCAACAUACAGUCGCCACGACAGAGGAUAAAAUCAAAGCAGAAGACGCGUUCCUGCCUCCUCUGCGCAACCCGGCCAUCCUGGAACAAGGCAUUGAAGACUUGACGGACCUCUCAAACCUCAACACACCUUCUGUUCUUCAUGCCAUCCGGACGCGCUACCAGCAGCAGCAGAUUUACACCUACUCGGGCAUCGUCUUGAUUGCGGUCAACCCAUUCCAGUCCAUCCCCGCCUACAGCAACGAGUGGGUCCAGCAGUACUCCAACAAGCCCAAGGUAUCCAUUGAACCUCACUUGUUUGCCAUUGCAGAGGAAGCAUACCGAUGCAUGAAGCGCGAGGGCAAGAACCAAACAAUCAUUGUUUCUGGGGAGUCUGGCGCAGGCAAAACCGUAUCGGCAAAAUACAUCAUGCGAUACUUUGCAACAGUCGAAGACCCUGACCAGCCGCGUGUCCGAGAUCGCGCUGAUGGCAUGAGCCACACCGAGAAGCAGAUUCUCGCCACCAAUCCCAUCAUGGAGGCCUUUGGUAAUGCCAAAACAACGCGCAAUGACAAUUCUUCGCGUUUUGGCAAGUACAUUGAGAUCCUCUUUGACAAGUCGUAUGAGAUUAUCGGAGCCAAGAUUCGCACCUAUCUGCUCGAGCGCUCAAGGCUCAAUUUUCAAGCUGCCACGGAACGCAACUACCACAUUUUCUACCAACUAUGUGCUGGCUUGAACGCAGAGCAAAAGAAGCUACUGUCUCUUGAAGAUUGCUCCGCUUACAAAUACCUCAAUCAAGGUGGCGAAUCAAAGAUUGUCAACGUCGACGACGCGGAAGAAUUUGCCGCCACGCAAGCAUCCUUAACGACCAUCGGUGUUUCUGAGGACGACCAAACCUCAAUUUGGCGCAUCCUGGCUGGUCUCCUGCAUCUCGGCAAUGUCGAAAUUACGGCGUCGCGCGAUACAGCUGUCCUCAGUUCUACUGACGAAAGCCUUGUUAAAGUAUGCAGCCUCCUUGAAAUUGAUCCGGCCCUCUUUACCAAGUGGCUCAUCAAGAAGCAAGUCAAAGCAAGGAAUGAGAAGAUUGAAUCAGCUCGCCCCCAAAAAGAGGCGCUCGUGGUGCGUGACUCCAUCACAAAGUUCAUCUACAGCAGUCUCUUUGAUUGGCUUGUUCGUGCCAUCAACACAAGUCUCGCUUCCGACGAGGUGUUGGCCAAGGUCAAGUCCUUCAUCGGCGUGCUCGACAUCUAUGGCUUUGAGCAUUUCCAGCGCAAUUCCUUCGAACAAUUCUGCAUCAAUUACGCCAAUGAAAAGCUGCAGCAAGAGUUCAAUUCGCAUGUCUUUAAGCUUGAGCAAGAAGAGUACCUUCGUGAAGAGAUCCCCUGGGAGAUGAUUGACUUUUCCGACAACGGGCCGGCCAUUGACUUGAUUGAAGGCAAGUCAAGCAUCUUGUCUUUGCUCGACGAGCAAUGUCGAUUACCCUCUGGAAACGAUGCUGCAUUCAGGCAAAGAAUCACAGAGACGUUCAAGGACAACCCCAACUUUGAGGUGCCAAAGCUCAAAAACUCGUCCUUUACAGUCAAGCACUAUGCGCUGCCGGUCACAUACGAAGCAGACGGCUUUUUGGAAAAGAACAAGGAUACCCUGCCUGACGAGCUCUUUGAGGUAUUGAACGCCAGUAAGAAUGCCUUUUUCAGGGACGUCCUUGCGAGUUCUGCAGCACUUGCACCGGUUGACGUCAAGAAGCCUGGCACUGUUGCACGAAAGCCGACUCUUGGGUCUAUCUUCAAGAACUCGCUCGGCAAGCUCAUGGAGACGAUUGAUGAAACGAAUGCUCACUACAUCCGCUGCAUCAAACCAAAUGAAGCGAAACGUCCGUGGGAAUUUGAGCCCAACAUGGUCAUGGGCCAGAUGACGGCGUGUGGUGUGCUGGAAACGAUUCGCAUCAGUUGUGCUGGCUACCCGUCGCGUUGGACAUUUGCUGAGUUUGUCGAGCGUUACUUCAGCCUGGUUCCUUCUUCCCAACUACAGCCAAAGGGAGACGAGCCGUUGGACAUUCGCGACAUUUCCAGGCGUAUCCUCAAAGCAGUAUUCCCGACCGACACUGGUUAUCAGAUUGGCUUGACGAAGAUCUUCUUCAAGCCAGGCAUGCUCUCAACCGUGGAGGAGCGACGUUCAGCCAGGCUACAUGCAUGUGCAUUAAUGAUACAAAAGCACAUCAAGGGCUGGCUCGUCUUCCGGCGUUACAUGCGCCUGAGGGCAACAGUGGGGGCUUUGCAAGCUCUCUCGAAGGGUCGACUUGCUAGACUCAAGGCAGAACGUAUGCGGCUAGAGCGUGCGCAUGCCAUCCAAAUACAAGCAAUUCUUCGCGGCUUCUUCGCUCGUCGUCAAUAUACAGAUCUCCGACGAAACAAGGCAGCCACAACCAUCCAACAUCGCUACCGCGCACAUCAAGCGCAUUCGCGCUGGACAAAGCUCAACAGCUGUGCCACCACUUUGCAAAAGAAUUACAAAGUCAAAUUGGCGAAACGCGAAGUGGUCAAGCUUCGUAAGGAGCAGACAGAAGUGCGUGCCUUUGCAGAGAAGAAUGCCGGCUUGGAAAACAAAAUCAUCUCCCUGUCGAAUGAGCUGCGAGAUGCAAAGCGAGAGGCAAAGUCACUGCAAGGCAAGUUGCAAACGCUCAAUGCACAGCUAGAAAGUAUAACGGCCGCCAAAACAACCCUUGAGACCAGUCACAGCGAUGCGCAGCGAGAGCUCGCGUCUACUCGCGAGCAAGCAUCAGGCUUCUCGGUGGCGACCGCUAAAGUUCAAGAGUUGCUGGCAAAGCUCCAGACCUCCGAGACGUCACUCGAGGCACGCUCCGUUGAAUUUGAUACUUUGCAAAAGCAGCUGGACGCCAAAUCAGCCGCGCUGCAAGCAGCUCUCGAUGAGGUGCAAGAGGAACGCGAGACACGGGCCUCUCUCCAGCAAGAGAUGGCCAAGCUGAAGGCUAGCAUGACGGCACUAGCACCGAUCAAUGGAUCGCCAGAGACCACACGGACGACCCAACCAGCACGCAAGACAUCAAAUCGCCAUACAGUUGUGCUACCGAAUGGACACAAUAGUGAGUUUGACGUCGGAUUCGAUGCUCGCCGUGUCUCCGUUGGAGAAGUGAUUGCUCAGCGUCACAUUUCGGGUACAUCCAUGGUGACGAGCAAUGCCGACAAGAUCAUGGAGAUUCUCGAAGAUGAUGACCUGAUGAAUAACGAAAUCAUGUACGGCAUGAUUCAAGCGCUCAAAAUCCCACAAGCAAGUCUGCAGACCCCACCCUCUGAAGCGGAUGUCUUGUUCCCUGCGCAACUGAUCAAUCUGAUUGUCCAACAAAUGUGGCAACAGGGCUUCGUCAAGGAGUCGGAGCGCUUCCUGGCCAAUGUCAUGCAGUCCAUUCAACAGCAAGUCAUGACUUUUACUGGCGAAGAUAUUAUUGCGCCUGGUGCGUUCUGGAUGUCGAACGUUCAUGAGAUUUUAUCCUUUGUGUGUAUGGCCGAAAACGACAUCUUGGGCGGCACUCAGGAAAUGGAGAGAGACGAACUGCAGGAGUACGAUCGCUUGAUUGGACUGGUCAAGCACGAUCUAGAAUCGCUUGAGUUCAACAUCUACCACACCUGGCUCCAAGAAAUCAAAAAGAAGCUGAGCAAGAUGAUCAUCCCUGCAACAAUUGAGACUCAAUCUUUGCCUGGUUUCAUGACGAAUGAGCCUUCAAGAUUCUUUAACAAAUUGCUUCCUAGUUCCGGCCCUGCCUUCACCAUGGAUGAAUUGCUGAAUCUCUUCAACAAGGUGUUCAAGACAAUCCGGUCCUUCUACCUAGAAGCAAGCAUCAUGAAGCAGGCCCUGACUGAAAUGCUCAAGCUAGUUGGCGUUGUUGCCUUCAAUGACUUGCUCAUGCGGCGCAACUUUUUGUCAUGGAAGCGCGGUCUUCAGAUCAAUUACAACAUCACGAGGAUUGAAGAGUGGUGCAAGAGCCACGACUUGCCCGAGGGGACCUUGCAGCUGGAGCACCUAAUGCAGGCCACCAAGCUACUCCAGCUCAAGAAGGUGACGAUUGCCGAUGUUGAGAUUCUCUAUGAUAUCUGCUGGUGCCUGUCGAAUCGGCAGAUCCACCGGCUCAUCAACCAGUACUACCCGGCAGACUAUGAGAACCCACUCAGCCCUGAAAUACUCAAGGCUGUAGCUGGGAGAAUCACAGAGGAGGAACGGACAGAAAUCUUGCUGGAUGCCAAGCCCCUCACAGACUCUGGCGAGUUUGAGAUCCCAGAGCCGCGGGAGAUCCAGGCUGUGCCCAUUCCAUAUGUGCCGUCCUACUUGAGCCUGAUUCGGGUGAAGCUACUGCUGAAGUUGGUAGCCGAGGAGCAGCCUGAGCUGGUUGAGCCGCGGCCUGCUGUGCUCUCGCUGCCGCAGUCGAGAGAUGAGACAUCUACACAGGUAUAAUAGAGUUCUUCGGACGUACUUACUGCGUCUUGACUAGGUACAAACUGUUGCUUAGAAGUAGUGACUUAGUAGUGUAGCAGAAUAGCCGACUUUUUGGGUCC